AUGGAAGCGGUGGUACACGACAAAUCACCCGAAAGAGGGCCUCAGGCGUUUGAACACCGGUCGCAUUCACCAUCUUUUCACAGUGAGAGGCCGAAAAGCUCUGUGGCUAAAGGGACCACACCGUUCUUGAUCUGGCGUAUGAGUUCUUCAAACAGCAAAAUUGCAUGGCUUAGCUCCACUCACGGAUCAACUCCCGGUCACAUGGUAUCCUCGUCUAACCGUCUCCUUUCUCAAUUUUCCACUCGUCGACAAAGCGCGAUGACAGGAAUACGGCAAUAUAUCGAUGGCGGCAUCUGGAGUUGCAGCAGCAGCAUCAUACAGGAAGCCCAGGAUGUGGUUGGCACCAAAAUGCUGCAAUCGGGAAUACGACAUCUAAUUGAGACUCACACCUGCAAAUCAACGAGCACGCUGCAUGAUAGAACUGUUAGCUCUUUCAUCAACCACGCAGCCUGGGUAGAUUAUGUUUCCGUGUCCCUCCGUGGCGCCCUUUUACAACAGUUCAUGCCGCCUUGUUCGCUUUCUAAUAUGCAUACGUCGGGGAUGUCACCCAGUACUGUUAUCCAUGUGAGACCGCAAGUAUUGGCCAUGGGCGCUUUUUUAGAUAACCGAGUCUUAGUGACAUUCCUAGAGAAUUCCAAAAAUAUGAGCCCUUCACGGUAG